GUUCUUUCUUUGCCUCCAUUAGUUUGUUUGCCUUUUAAAGUUUAAAGUGUUUCAUUGAUCUCGUUAAUUUUUUAAUCUUUAAUUUGAUUUGCUUUUUUAAUUGUUCAUCUUUUAGACCUUCUUUUAGUUAAUCCAUUAUUCCUUCAUCAUGACCACUGAUCCUUAUGCGGCUUAUCUUGAUUUUCUUGAUGAUGAGAGUGACCAUGGAAUUUAUUGUCGCCUUGUUAAGGAGAUGAUUGCUCACAAUGAGAUGAGACUGGUUGUUAAUAUUAAUGAUUUGAGGAAGAAAUCACCUGAAAGAGCAAAAUCAUUAUUGAUCAAUGCUUUUGAAGAGCUGGUUGCUUUUGAAAGGGCUCUACGUGAUUAUACCCUCUCUCUAGAUCCUGAUUAUUUCAAAAAGGUUCCAGAUCUUUUCAUUGGGUUAGAAGGAUCUUUUGGUGCUAAACAUGUUACGCCUCGAACAUUAACCAGUACUUAUCUUGGGCAAAUCGUUUGUGUUGAGGGUAUUGUUACCAAAUGUUCUCUUGUUAGGCCCAAAGUAAUCAAAUCGGUUCAUUAUUGUCCUACAACAAAGAAAGUUAUGGAAAGAAAAUAUACCGAUCUUACAUCUUAUGAUGCUUUCCCCUCAUCAACCGUUUAUCCAACUAAAGAUGAAGAUGGUAAUUUACUAGAGACUGAGUUUGGUCUUUCAACUUACAAAGAUCAUCAAACCUUUACCAUUCAAGAAAUGCCUGAAAAAGCACCAGCCGGUCAGCUUCCUCGUUCCGUUGAUAUCAUUGCAGAUAAUGAUUUGGUUGAUGCCUGUAAACCUGGUGAUCGAGUACAAGUUGUUGGUGUUUUCCGUUGUUUACCCUCUAAACAGGGAAACUAUUCCAGUGGUACUUUUCGAACCAUCAUGUUGGCCAAUAAUAUCCAACUAAUGUCAAAAGAAGUAGCACCAUCCAUUUCAGCUGAAGAUGUACAAAAAUGUCGUACCUUUAGCCGACAAAGAAAUAAGAAUGUUUUUGAAGAACUGUCUCGAUCUCUUGCACCAUCCAUUCACGGUCAUGAGUAUAUUAAGAAAGCUCUUCUCUGUAUGUUACUCGGCGGGGUUGAGAAAAAUCUUCCCAAUGGUACCCGACUUAGAGGUGAUAUUAACGUUCUUCUGGUUGGUGAUCCUUCCGUUGCCAAGUCUCAAAUGUUACGAUACGUUUUACACACAGCACCUCGAGCCAUUGCAACCACAGGUAGAGGAUCUUCUGGUGUUGGUCUAACGGCUGCAGUUACUUCAGAUUUCGAGACUGGUGAAAGACGUUUAGAAGCUGGUGCCAUGGUUCUCGCGGAUCGAGGUGUUGUUUGUAUCGAUGAGUUUGACAAAAUGUCGGAUAUUGAUCGAACCGCUAUUCAUGAAGUCAUGGAACAAGGUCGAGUUACUAUCUGUAAAGCUGGAAUUCAUGCUACCCUUAAUGCCCGAUGCUCCGUUCUCGCUGCAGCCAACCCUGUUUAUGGAAGAUACGAUGAGUACAAAAAUCCCAUGGACAAUAUUGGUCUUCAAGAUUCACUUUUAUCUCGUUUUGAUUUACUUUUCAUUUUACUUGAUAAACACGAUCGAGAUCUUGACACUCAAAUUGCUGAUCAUGUUGUUAGAAUGCACCGAUAUCGAGCUGCCAAUGAAGAAGAUGGUGAACCUUUGCCAAUUAUAUCAACUGCUGAUUUCCUAUCAACCAAAAAUCUCGAGACAAUCGAUGAAGAGGAAGGAGAUACUCCUAUUUAUGAAAAAUAUGACAACUUAUUGCAUGCCAAUAGAUCAAGAUCUGAAAAAAUUGUCAGCGUUCAGUUCAUGAAGAAAUACAUUCACAUUGCGAAGUCAAUGAAACCCAUUUUGACGCAAGAUGCAUGUGAGAAAAUUUCGGAAGCCUACACUACUCUUCGAAGUUACGAUCAAGAGCAUACUGACCUUGCCAAAACUCAACCAGUUACAGCUCGUUCAUUGGAAACUUUGAUCCGUCUUGCUACAGCUCACGCCAAAGCCAGAUUGAGUCGUAUCGUUGAAGCUCGUGACGCUGAUGCUGCCAUUGAAUUAAUCCAGUUUGCCAUUUUCAAGAAAGUUUAUGAUAAACCUAAGAAACGACGAGGUGGUGAUGAUGAUGGAGGCGAUGGAUCAGGCUCAGAUAGUGAUCAGGAUGAAGUGCUUCCAGUUUCGGAAAGACAGAAAGCGGCCAAACGAAAGAGUAGACAAGAUAGCGAAGAGAAAGACGAAGAAGAUGAAGCUGUCGAAGAAGAAGCAGAAGCAGAAGAACCCAAAUCGAAAGGAAGAAGACCAAGAUCUAAAGUUGCAAAACGUGAUACAUCAGAAUCUAUGGAAACUGAAGAAUCAGUCGCCGGUCCAUCUGGUGAAACCUCGUCCAGUCGGAUGACAACAUUGAUUGAAGUUGAAGUAAGUGACGAACGGCUGAAAAAAUUCAAGAAAAUUCUGAUGAAUGAAUUCCGUAAGAGUCACGCUCAAUCUUUACCAAUGACGGCAAUUAAGCAAGUAUUUUGUAAAGAUGGACCUGAUAGCUGGUCUGAUGCCGAAGUUGAUGCUUGUCUCAAUAGAAUGCAAGAUGAUAAUAAUAUCAUGAUUACCGAAAAUGUUGUUUUUAUCAUUUAAUUAACAACAACAACAACACUCAACUUUCAUCAAUACAUCAUUUUAAAUAACAACAAACUUAACCAAAAACAAAAAAGUAACUACAGUUAACAUUGAUAAAGUGUGAAAAAAAAUUGAUAAACAUAAUUUUUUGUUUAUAA